CUACCACUAAGUCUUAUUUUUUAUUCAAAAUAAUUGAUUAAAAAACGAUGAAUAUACUAUUCAUUUUCCUGUGUUUGGUGGCUUGUAUUACUGGGAUGAAAAUCCCAUUGAAGGAGGACUUGGAAAUAGAGAACGAGUUAAAAGUGAUUAACAAAGUUCCUAUCAAGAGUUUCCAUACAGAAUUUGGGUAUAUUGUUGACUGCAUUGAUAUUAAUAAUCAACCAGCAUUUGAUCAUCCUUUACUAAUAAAUCAUAAGUUACAGAAAAAUCCAAGCUUUAGAACUACAAUCACAAAUAAUCGAAGAAAUAGUGUGAAUAUUUCAACUAAAGCUACUUUUGGUAUUCAAAAAGACAAAUGUCCGAUUGGAACAGUUCCUAUUAAGCGAACAACUAAGGAUAGCCUAAUUAGUGAAAAAUCAUAUUUUACUAAUAGUUUAUUUGAUCAUAUCCAUGGUAACCACUAUGCAGAAGUUUAUUCAGACGCAGAACGGUCUGAUUCAUUUGUUGGAGUUUAUGGAACAAGUAGUGUUUAUAAUGUUAAUGUUCAAAAUGGUCAAUCAAGUUCGGCAGUGAUGUAUAUUCGAAAUGGACCUGAUAGCACAAAUUAUAUUGGCAUGGGAUGGCAUGUGGCUCCAGAAUUAUACAACGAUAGUGCAACUCAUUUCUAUGUAGUCUGGACGACAGAUAAUUUCAAGAACAAGGGAUGCUUUAAUUUGCAAUGUUCAGGAUUUGUUCAAACUAGUCGAAAAAACUACCUUGGCGGACGAUUUGUAAAUACAUCUGUCAUCGAUGGACGAAUGAUCGAAAUGAAAAUGUCUAUUGUCCAGGAUCAUGAUACAAAAAACUGGUGGGUAAGUAAUGAAAAUGAGAUGAUUGGAUAUUUCCCUGCAUCAUUAUUUCCCGACAUGCCAUUUCUUCAAGUAGGAUGGGGUGGUAGAACAUCAAGCACUCAAGGUGGCCCUAGUCCUCCAAUGGGUUCUGGAAGGUUUCCUGCAGAUGACAAAUAUGAUCAUGCAAGUUAUUUUAUAAAUAUUAAAUUUCAAUAUAAGAACACAAACACUUCACCCGAAGAUUCAUUGAUUCAUGUAGUAUCUGACAAGCCUAAUUGUUAUUAUGCUAAAUAUUUUGAGAAAAAUUUUGCGGAACUUGGAUAUGCUCUUCAAUUUGGAGGACCAGGAGGAAAUUGUGGUGAUUAAUCGAUAUUAUUAUAAGUUAUUGUUAAAAUUGAUUUAUAAUUAAAAGUUUAGUAGAACUGAUGUUCAAAUUAAUUUAUUUUACCAUUGUGUUUA